GUUGGUGUCUGCACUCGAUCGCUUACCCGCUAUGCUUGUGUCAACAGUGAUCAAUAGUUGAAACUUUUUUUCAAUACGUUCUAUUCUAUAUCAUUCCGCUGUAGAUCUUUGUGUUGAGAAAGUGUUUCAAAAAUGUGUGAUGAUAGUGUUCGUGUCGCCCUACGCAUUCGUCCAUUAGUGGAAAGCGAGCUAGAAAAAGGAUGUCAAUUGUGCUUAGAUGCGAUACCUGGAGAACCACAAGUUCGUGUAUGCAAUUCUGAUAAGGCAUUCACAUAUAAUUAUGUAUUUCCUCCUCACAUUGGACAGGAAGAUUUUUAUAAUACAGCAAUUAGACAAUUAUUGGAUAAUAUUUUUCAAGGCUAUAAUGUUACGAUAUUGGCUUAUGGACAAACGGGAAGUGGCAAAACCCAUUCUAUGGGUACCACUUAUACAGGUGUUGGAGAGAAGGGUAUUAUACCCAGAGUUAUUGACGAUAUAUUUGAAAUUAUUAAGUCUAAAGAAGACUGGAGUUUUAAAGUUGCAGUUUCAUUCAUGGAAUUAUAUCAGGAACAACUGUAUGAUCUCUUAUCUGAUAAGCAGAAAAGUCAAUCUAUUGUAGAUAUCAGAGAGGAUGGAAAAAGCAUAAAAAUUGUUGGUAUAACCGAAAAAGAAGUUACAAACGCUGAAGAAACGCUGGAAUGCUUGGUCCAAGGCUCCAUGGGUCGUGUAACAGGGGCAACUGCAAUGAAUGCUCAUAGUAGUCGAAGUCAUGCGAUAUUUACAUUAUGUAUACGACAACAAAAACGAGAUGACCCAAAUACAGCAACUGUGGCAAAAUUUCAUCUGGUUGAUUUGGCGGGAUCCGAACGUAGUAAAAAGACUCAAGCCACUGGGGAACGAUUUAAAGAGGGUGUAAAUAUAAACAAGGGAUUAUUGGCUCUGGGAAAUGUAAUUUCACAGCUCGGUGAAGGUGCUUCUGGAACUUACAUUGGAUAUAGAGACAGUAAACUUACGAGAUUGUUACAGGAUUCUCUAGGUGGCAAUUCUAUGACUCUUAUGGUCGCCUGUGUCAGCCCUGCUGAUUACAACUUGGAUGAAACUCUUAGUACAUUGAGAUAUGCAGAUCGCGCGCGCAAAAUCAAGAAUAAGCCAAUCGUAAAUCAAGAUCCAAAAGUAGCAGAGAUCAAUCGGUUGAACAAAUUGGUUCAAGAACUGCGACUAGCUCUUGCAAAUCAGGAACUCGGUGUGACGUGUUCCAAGGAACAUGAACAACUUGAGGAAAAAUAUAGCAUGUUACAGCAAAAGUUAAGAGAUAUGACCGAGAAGUUAAAUUCGAAUUUAGAAGAAAUUGCAAUUAUGCACGAACGAGCGGAGAUGAUUCAACAAGCUCGAGAAAAAAUCAGAACUGCUAUGACAUUAUUACUGAAUGAAUUUCAAUUAGUUUUAGAAGAUUUUGAUGCUUGUUCUGAAAUCAGUGACGAAAAGCGUAACAAAUUAAAAGCAAUAUAUAAAAAAAUAGUAGAUAUCCAAAUUGACGAGAUAAAAGUGUCCGAGGAACUUAUAAAUCACGAAAUAUCUAAUUCAAAAAAUUGUUCGGCAAACAUGGAAGAAGAUGUACAACAUGUACAUUCAGAAGAAUCAAACAAUGUCGAAGAUAGUUUGGAUUAUUUUGACAAAAAAGAGGAAGAACACACAUUACGGCAAGCGGAGCGAAAUAAUGAGGUUCAAAAUAUUAAUAAGGAAUUGGCACUCAAAGAAAGUCUUGUCUCGGAACUCAUGAAAAGCGUGCAAAAUACCGUGGAGAAUAGAGAUAUUGCGGAAAUGGAACAAGAAAUCAAACGACUGCAUGCGGAAAAAGAGGAACAUUUACAAGCAGUACAUGCACAUAACAUCAGCUCCAAACUGGCUGAAACGCGUCGCAAAAAAGUGCAAGAAUUGGAAAAAAAGAUAACGGAAUUGACUCGUAAGUGCAUGGAACAAAAUAAGAUUAUCAAGAUGAAAGAAAAGCAGGAUCAAAAAAUCAAGACUCUUUCUGGUGAGAUACAACUGCUAAAAGAAACUCGAGUCAAGUUAAUCAGACAGAUGCGCAAUGAUGCUAGUAAUUUUACGAAAUGGAAACACUCCAAGGAGAAAGAAAUCAAUAGAUUGAGAAGUCAAGAUCGUAAACGUGCUUAUGAAAUAGUACGUAUGAAAAUGGAGCAUAACAAACAGGAAAAUGUCUUUAAGAGAAAAAUGGAGGAGGCUUUCGCAGUUAAUAAACGAUUAAAGGGUGCACUAGAGCUGCAGAGAAAGGCGACACAACGACAAGAAAAGAAAGCUAAUAGCAAAGAGGAGAUAAAAACUUGGAUGGCUCAAGAGCUGGAAGUGUUAAUGGCCACCGUAGAAGCGAGUUAUUCUCUUGAGAAAUUGAUGCAAGAUAGAGCUUCAUGGGUACGUCAAUUGGAACAACUUAAAAAACAUAGUGAUCCAAAUGAAGAAGAGAUUGUGACUAUUACGGAAUUUGUAGAAUUGCGUAACGCACAAAUUUCAGAUCUCCAACAAAAGAUUCUCGAAUCGGAUCAAGAGACUAGAGUGAAUACAAGAUGGAAUAUAAUACGUACAGUAGCGGACGCGAAAGUGGCAUUUGAAAUGGCUUUUCAUAUAGUCGCACAAGACAGGAAGCAACAAUGUUAUAAGUAUAACGAGUUGAAAGAGAAAUAUCAGAAUCUAGAAGUGCAACUAGAACAGUAUAAAAAGCAGGAGAAAGAGAAUAAAAUGUCUCGUACGUCUUCUAGCGAUAUUGAAACUUUGACAAAGUCAAAUGAACAGGUUUUGACAGAGAAUAAUUUAAAUAAUGAGAAUAAAAAGUCGUGGUCUAAAAGAAGAAAAAUGGAAAGUAAAAUAGAUAUCGACGAGAAUGCCUAUCUGUCGCAUGAUGAUAGUCUCGUGAUAGAGGAUGAUGUAGAUAAAGAUCCAGAUUGGAAAAAAACACCGCUUUAUAAUCGCAUACAAAAAUUACAGAACAAAUCAAAACUUUCGUUUCAACGACUGACUUUUAAAAUGGAAUCGAAUGAGAGCUCAAUAAGGUGUGCUUGCAAAACGAAAUGUGCUACGCGGCUAUGUACAUGUCGCAAGAAUGGCGUUACCUGCAACAAUUGUAACUGUGAUUCAGAACAGUGUCAGAAUAAUGACAAGGAAAAUUUGCGUACUACACUGUUUUCAGAUGUUAUAGAAAACGAAGCGAGAUGCGAUUAGAAAAAAGAUAAAAAUAGGUUUUUCUUUUCUAAUCUUGUACGAGUACAACACAUUCAUUAAUUAAUAUCGUGUU